AAACUUAUUAAAUAGACCGGUGUUUUGACCGAAAUCUAGAAUGACGACACAAGAAACAGCAGCUGCCAAUCAAGGAGGUCCCCCACCUGCCAAUUCAGAAGUGAAAGAGAUGACUGACAAAUUGGACCCCCCACCUCUGGACGAGAGUAAAAAGGGGCCAGUGGACAACCUACCAGCCAGACAGUAUCUGGAACAAACAGUAGUGCCAAUUGUGCUACAGGGGAUGAAUACAGUAGCGAAAGAGAGACCUCCCAAUCCAAUCGAGUACAUGGCGGCUUUUUUGAUGAAGAACAAACACCUUUAUGAGAAGUGAAAUUUGGUUGGCUGGUUAGAUUAACACAGAACGGAAGUACUUGCAAUUUGACCUCUGUUGAACUUAACUUUAUCUUUUUAUCUCUCUUUGUUAAACAACGGGAGAAUUGCUCUUGUCAACGAUGGAUCGAAUACCCCAAAAUAAUACUAGCCAAUCAGAAUUCAGUAUUCGAAAAUCUGAAAAUGAAUUGGAAUUAAA